AUGACUAUCUGUACCAUACGCAAUACUAGUAUUUCUGUCAAGAAAACUAAAACCUGUGCACUUGGAGACGCCACAAUCUCGGACAGACACUAUUCAUCAUCAUCGCAUUUAGAAAUCAUUCUGGACGAUCAUUCCAACUGUGACUCGAUAUUUGACGAUUACAAUAGUUCAGUAUGCGAGCCAAAAACUAGCACGACGAAAGACAAACAUAAUGCACAUCAACGACACAAGAAAAGAAUACUGAAAACACCGAAGCCGCAUCGAUUGAUCGAAAAACGUCGUCGUGAUCGAAUGAAUUCGAGUUUGAGCACUCUCUUAAAUUUAGUUCCUCACCAAAAAAACGAGAACCAUAAACGUGUUGAAAAGACGGAGAUUGUCGAAAUGGCAAUUAAAUACAUUCACACAAUACUAGCAAACAACCAAAAAACCGCUGACACACUGAAUGCCGAAAAACAAACGAUUAUCAAACUCAAUGCGUAUCGUUCUGGUUAUCUCAAUUGUAUAUGUGAUGCAUAUGAACAUUUCGAAAAGCAACCUGCUCAUCAACGAAUCCUUCCGGACUUCGUGAAAUUCAGCACUAAUAAAGAAAUCGAAUUAAAUGAUUUAAUUGAUCUACCAGAGAAAAAAACGCUUCUGAAAGCCCGAGCACGAUCUACAGGUCAUGGCGAACAAAUGUGCUCCGCGUCCGAUGUACAGUCAAUGACUGAGUCUGACUACGAAGUUCAAUUUCCAAUAGAUGAUGGUGAGAAUUAUCCUAAGCAAAUUAAAGUUCCCAUAUUUGUUUUACAUCCAUCGGGAACACAUUAUGUUCCUAUGCAUAUUGACUCGUCCGUUGUUUCUCAUGUGUUUCGAAAGAAACCCAACGCUUCACAUCCGUCGUGUGCAAAUGAGAAAGCUCACUGUCAUCCAAUAUCGAUACCGAUCAACUUUACUCCAGAGCCAAUCGUGUUUGAACCUUGUAGACUUGACCUUCAAAAUAUAAACGUUAUCGGAACAAAACAUCAAGCAAGCGUCAGACUUCAUUAA